CUCUUUUCUGCUUAACAGCUGCCUCCUCUUCUCCCCUCUGCCGCCUCCUCUCCACCGUUGAAGUUGAAGCUGAAGCAUGGAGGGUCUGCGGCAAAUAUGGUGUCAACAGCACCGGUCUCUUUCUCAGCUUCUUUUCCUCCGAUCAAUUUCUUCCAAGAUUUUUGUCAAAGGUUUAGCAUUUUCUACCACAAAAGAGAAAUUAGCUGAAGCCUUUUCAGAAUAUGGCAAUGUCCUAAAUGCUGAUAUAGUACUGAACAAAGCCAAGAACAGAUCUAAGGGUUUUGGAUACGUGACCUUUGCUAAGGAGGAAGAAGCCCGCAAGGCACAGAUGGCCAUGAAUGGAAAGAUAUUGCAUGGACGUGUUCUGUACGUGGAUAUGGAACCAAAUAAGAAACCAGAAAAAUCAUCUUUUGACAAGGCAACUACUGAUGGUUGAUUUGAUCCUCAGUGAUGCUUUGCAUAACCACUAAUUAUUCUGACUCACAAGGGGGAACUUGAUACAUUCCAAGCCUAAGAUUAAAUUGUGAAUUUAGUAGAAUUCUCUUUAGAGUUAGCAACUGGCUUGAACAUAAUGCAUCAGAAUGGGACCUUAAACAUGAGAAGAAGGAGCUGCAUCUCCUCUCAGUGUUUUGCAUAUAACAAUGUUGUUUUGUUCACAUUGUAUAAGUUCUCUCUAUUUUGAUCCACCAAUGAUGUUAAGCGUGGUAGUGGUCACAUUCACAGCUAGUAACGGGUCCCUGCUUGCUAAUCAUGCUUGUUGAGAAGUAAAUUUUUAUGUAAACACCUUUGCAAAGCAUGGCAUGCUCGUAAAGGAUGAGAUCUCAAUAAAUCUGUUUAUUUUCCUA